AUGGGAUCAAGGAUUUGUUGUUUGAGAGAACGACCAAUCGAUAUUGCUUUGUGGUUAGACUUUGAGCUAACCGAAAACCGUCUCUCCUACUCUCGUGCCUUGGUCAAGCGAUUUCUUCAAUCUUUCCAACAAUUGACUCAUUUACCGAUUCGACCUCAAAUUGAGAUCAAACCUAAAUUGGGGUAUGGUGGUUUCUCUAAUAAAAUCGCCUUCACCGGAUAUAUGUUAACAUUCGAGAAGAGGCGAAGAUCAAUAGCCCCUCACUAUCAAGGAAUGAGGCAGGACAUAAAUGAAAAACCGAAUGAUGAAGAUGAUGGAUUUACUGAUGAAGAAAUAAUUGAAGAAACGAUUGAUGAGGGCCAACUUGAGGAUUCAAGUUAUGCUAAUGAACUCUGGUCACAUUCUGAUAUCAAUAAACUCCUUGAUCUACUAGCUGCGAUAGAUGACUAA